AUGCCUGAAAUCAAACCUUUCGUCGCUUCUUCCCCAAUUACCACUCCUCCUCAUGGUCAUUUCAUUUCUCCUCAAUCGAUAAGCCCACUUUCCAGUCAAUCCAACAAAUUCGAUACACACUCUCAAACCUCUAUCCCAGACAUGAAAUACUCCCAAGAUAACCUGAUCACACAUCGUAUCCCGACAUAUUCCCAUAACAACCCCUCUUUACCUCAUUCUCAUACCGACGCAUGUCUACCCUUGACAACAUGUCUUGAUCGUCUUCCUUCUUUAUCCAUCUCUUCUCUCCCUUCUCCUCCCACUCCGAAAGAUUUGGAUAAUUUGGAUAUACCAUUCUAUGACAAAUAUCAACCUCCUUUUUGUUCCGCCUUGGGAUUAGGAGUUAAUCCCUCUCAUGAAAAUGUCAGUCCUUCUUGGUCUACUGGUUUUUCCUCAGAAUGGGAUAAAGAUGAUUUGAAAGUCAAUUCUAUCGGACCUCCUGUUGAUAUUUGGGCAGUAGGAAGGGAAGUAUGGAAGAAGAUUGAACGUAAACCAUUUGAACAAAAUCCCAAUGUUCAGAAGAGUAUAACGGAUAAAUCAGAUUGGUCAUAUCAUAAAUACACCAGUUCGAGAAACCAUACAGAUCAAGGGAAAGGACAAGAAGGACGAAGAAUGAAGAACGGAGAGGGAAGAGGUAAAAAUGAAGAAAGUCGGAGACAGUAUGAAGUGGGACAAGGUGUAGAAUUGGAUCAAAUACUCUUACGUUCUUUCGCCGAAUCUUCAGACCCAACUUCUUACCUUCUCUCCAGAAUCGCUACAGCUAAAGAUCUUCGUGAUGGUAAAAUGUCUCCUCCUCAAAUGGGAGGAUUCUUCCCUCGUCCGGAUCCCAACGCAGAACCAGGGAAUACUACUGUUUUUCUAGGGAAUGUUUCUUCAACAAAAGUGAGGGAAGAACAUAUUUGGCCGGUAUUCUCGGUAUUUGGAGAGAUAGAAUAUGUCAAAAUACCCCCGAGGAUAGGUGUCGCAUUUGUCAAAUACCGUCAUAGGAACAGUGCCGUCCUGGCCGUGGAAAAAAUGCAAGAUUUCGAAUUAUUCGAUUGUCAUCUUCGUGUGGGAUGGGGAAAGACGGAUGAUAAACCGAGUGUUAGCAAACCUACAAAAGUCAUGGAUAUCAAAAGAGGUAUGGCGAAUUUAUUAGGGGUGAGCGAUGUGAAAGCUGGUAGACUCAUGUUGGCCAUGACUGUUUUGUCUCGGUCGGAGUAUGAUGAUAUGUUGGAUAGAUUAGUUGACGUGGGUUCUGGCAGUAUGUUGAAUGGUAUAGAAGGGAUGGAAAUGGGUCGAUGGAUCGAUGGGUGA